AUGCAUCACCCACCUGGGCCGAGACCAGUGCAUGCUGAUGCAGCCAGGCGCCAAUCGGCCAGGAAGAGGAGUCUCAGGAGUCUGGCCCGAAGCCGGAACGAGGGCUACGGUUGCCCCGCCAGCAGAACCUACCACCUGCCAGCCUUGUUGAUUGUCCUGCUCGUCCUCAUCCAGAACUUCGAGCUGCACAUGUGCCGGCAAUUGAUGAGGUACCCGGGCGAAAAACGAUCCCCGGACAAGCUGCUCUCCAUUGGCGGCAGUGCAGCGGGCGAGGUGACAUUGCCGGGGGCCAAUGCUACUCCGGCGGAUGGCAAGCGGGCGGGCGGAAGGUCGGCUCCCAGCCAGCCGGAGGAGAUUUUUAGCGCCCCAGCCGACGAGGGCUACGACGAGUAUCCGAUGGUGGUCCCUAAACGGGCAGCUUUACUUUUGGAUCGAUUGAUGGUCGCCUUGCAUCAUGCCCUCGAACAGGAGCGCAGUGAACAGCGGAUUGGCGAGUUCUUCGGGGACAAAAACAUUCUUAACGGUAAAUUUGGCGAGUACCACAACGGACUGGAACCUCAUCAAGUGAGGGAGGAUGGAAUGUACAGCGAUGAUGAUUCGGGAACAAUGUUGGAUUAUGAUUUCAAAGAUUUGAACCAGAUCAAUCGCGCCACUGGCGAAACAUUAAUGCCAAAGAGCUUUCAGAGAAGAGCGGGCGCAGAUCGAUCUGGAACCUCUACCAUUUCCGGUUCCCCAGCUGGUCCCCGGCGUAUCCAACCAUCCGGAUCCGGCGGUGGCCGAGCGUACUGGCGUUGCUAUUUCAAUGCCGUCAGCUGUUUCUAA